AUGGCCAUGAGCCAGCCGUGGGAUCUUUCGUUAAUGACACAUUACUCGUCUCCCCCGUCGCAGGCAUCAUCGUCAUCGGAGGCAGCAGCGGCAGCAGCACUAUUUCUGAGGAAAUCACCACCGUCACCCACGCCCCCGACUCCGCUUUCGCCGCUGUCGCCUUUUUUGCCAGCAGCUGGGAGUGGGGCGGGAACUGGAGUGGGAACAGCUGCUGCCAGUCCCAUUCCAACAAAAUCGAUCAAUAUUAAAGGGUUGGAGGAGCUAGUCCGCCGCCAGAAUGAUGAGCCACACGAUCUGUUUCAGCGCCACUACCAUGACCCCCACAGACCCCGCGACCUCCCACGUGUACAACUGCACCACGAUGGAGCUGUGUCUACGAUAAUGGCAGGUGCUUCAGUGCUGUCGCCGUAUGCUAGACCCAAACCUUCGUCCCCCAGUGGCAAUCUCCCUUCUUUGGAUCAGCUAGUCAAUGACUGUUUCCUUCUUUCGAUAAGCAAACUAGAUUUAGAAGAUGGCAAUGUCCAGUUUGAAGGCGACGACAUCGAGUCGAGGGUUGACUUGGCACAACAAUUUCACGAUUUUUUAAACAAGCAGCAUUGCCAGGAAAACCUUGACUUUUUGAUUGAUAUAUACCGCUACGAGCACAACUACAAUUCAAAGACUUGCAUUUCACGAUCUAGUAGCAGAAACAGUGGCAAACUCAGGUUACCCGUGGUGGCGCGCUCCAAUUCGCCCGUUGCAAAGGCAAAUAGCCUACGCCACCAUGGCAAGUCGUCUUCGGUGACUUCUUUGGAUUCACUCCGAUAUUUGUCUAGGGCAUCCACCAAGGAGGACUUGUUGGACCCUCAGCAUGCCUUGAUCUCUACUAUUGACGAUUUGGAUCUUAGUGAGCCUUGGAAAGAGUUUUGCCAGAAACAAAUUGAUGAAGAAGAUGAAGAAGAAGAGGAGGAGGAAGAAGAAGAAGAAGAAGAAGAGAACGAAUCGGAUUUUGAAAAGAGCGAUGAUGAAGACGCUGAGGAAAAGUACUUGUAUAUAAGAAAAGACGACUUGCAGGAGCUUCACCAUGACUGGGAUGCUAUCAUCGAUACAUAUAUCAAGCAUGAUUCACCUUUGCAAAUCAACAUCUCACAAAGGUUGUACAAGGAGAUUGUUGAAGAAAGCCACGAUUCAGACGUUCAGCUACACGAUCCGUUGAUCUUGUUGAAGGCAAGAAACGAAGUUUUGCGACUCUUGAAGGAAAACGGAUACUUUGAGUUUCUCAGUUACAUCAAGAAGAAGGAGAAAUUGCAGCAACAACAAAAACAACAGCAACAUCAGCAACAGCAGAAACAACAAAAGCAUCAACAAAAACAGCAGAAGGAAGAGUCAGUAGAAUCACCAGGUUCAAGCAAUUUGCAGCCAGAUAGAUUUGAUCAUCCGGUGGGAGCAUCCCCAUUAUCGGCGAGACUGGAUACCCCAAAGAGCCAAGUGUUUGGUUCUGCUCCAGAUCAACCAAAUACACAUCCCGAUGCAGCAGCUGCCGCCUCGAUUCCCAUCUCCAAUCCAUCUCGCGGGUCAACAUCUUCUAUCCCCAUCUCGACUCCAUCGCGAGAAGUCUCAUCGUCGCAGUCGAGCACCCAGCUGUCAUCGUUCUUGAACAAGCUCUCGAUACCGAAAAGGGUUAAACAUCAGCAUUCUCAGCUGAAUCUGUUGCGCAACAGCAACUCCCCUCGCGCAUGUACAUCGCCGGUUGACUCUGAAGGAUCUCCUGUACCUUCUUUACUGAGUCUAAUGGGCCAUUUGAAGCUCAGUAACAACAACAGCAGCAGCAAUAACAACAGCAAUAACAACAACAGUUCAAGUGAUGCUUCUUCGACUGUGAGUGUUGGCAGUUACACGUCCAAACAAAGCACCUUGCCCAAAUUGAAAAGCAAAUCAAAAACACACAAUAAACCACAUUCCCACUACAACCGCCACCAAUUCCAAGGCAUUUCCGACGUCAUUUCCAACGAAAGUAACCAUCGAAACUUGAGGGAUUCACCUCAACUUUCAGCGACUCCAGAGCCAACAACAUUCCUCGCAGUCGCCACCGAGGAUUUCCGGUCCCUCAACUCGAGCCCAAUCUCAAUAGAUAGUUCCGCGAGCAACUCGGGCACAACGAGCCCCAUGACUUCCUCAUUGUUGAGCUCAUCUUUGAAGUUCUGGCGGAAAAAGUCCAACAACUAG